UAAGAGACGGUUUUUCCACCUGAUUCAACUUGGUGAUGGAUCCUAUAACCUGAAUUUUUAUAAAGAUGAAAAGAUCUCCAAGGAACCAAAAGGAUCAAUAUUUCUGGAUUCCUGCAUGGGUGUGGUUCAGAACAACAAAGUCAGGCGUUUUGCUUUUGAGCUCAAGAUGCAAGACAAAAGUAGUUACCUUUUGGCAGCAGACAGUGAGGUAGAAAUGGAAGAAUGGAUCACAGUUCUAAACAAGAUUCUUCAGCUCAACUUUGAAGCUGCAAUGCAAGAAAAGCGAAACGGAGACUCUCAUGAAGAUGAUGAACAAAGCAAACUGGAAGGCUCUGGCUCCAGUUUCGAUAGCUACCUGCCUGAACUUGCCAAGAGUGCCAGAGAAGCAGAAAUCAAACUGAAAAGUGAAAGCAGAGUUAAACUUUUUUAUUUGGACCCAGAUGCCCAGGUAAGAUGCAUUGAUGGGGAGGAAAAAAUAUUUGGUUCUUGUUUAUUUAUUUGCCUUAUUUGUUUUGGAUUGUCAAGUAGGUAUAACAGUACAGAAAAUUUGGGGAAAAGAAGAAAAAUAAAAACUAUGUUCUCACCACCAUAGCAUAACUACUGUGAAUAUUCAACCUUUGGUACAUUAUUGAAUAUUGAGAGAGAUUUACCCAUGAGCAUUCUCAAAUCCACAGGAUCAUCUGAUUUACCUGUUACAAUUACCACUAGAAAUAGCAAGUAUCACUGCCAACACCCAGGAGGCAGUGAGAGUGCCCAACUAGGCCAGGCUCAGUCCUAGAUACAAACCUGUCAGUGCGUGCAGCCCACAUCCAUGGCCCAGCGAAGUCCAAACUCAAUGUGGCAAGUGCCCUUAAGGCCUCCCACGACAGCAGGCACCUCACUGCUGCUUGAAAGGAACGCAGGUUUUGGUGUGUCUCAUCCCAAACAUUUUCUCUCUUU